UCAGUGCAUACGGGUACAAAUAUAAGCCAAGGCAGCCUAGGCAACACAACGCGAUGCUUCUCAAAUCAUAUUCUAUUUUUUAAACCAAUCGCUUGCACGCUAUAAUAUCGCUUGCACGUGGAUUAGUACUUCAGCCCUUCAUGUCUUUGUCGUUUUAUGUCUGUAGAUAGUAGAUUGUGACAGACGAGCAUGAGAGGAUUAUCUCCGUAUCCGUGAGGGAUUUGUGGGCAGGGACGUGCAAUUUUUGCUGUGACUUCGUCUGCGAUGUGUUUUUCAAGUUUUAUCUGGCGGAGGCACGUCACGUCCUUCCUAUUGUUAUUAUUGUUAGAAAUUCACUCUCGCUGACUCCAUCAUAUCGCUGUCACUUCGAAAAAGGGGGGAAACGGUCGACGCCGAGACUUUAUCUUCAAUGAAUAAUGGGCGACGUUCCACAAUUGAUAAAAAUCGGAAUUUCUUUGAAAAUCCAACCCAGCAACGGCCCGGUAUUUUUCAAAGUGGACGGGUCGAGGUUCGGUCAGAACAGGACGAUCAAACUGCUGACGGGAUCAAAGUACAAAAUUGAAGUUGUCGUCAAACCAGGGGCUAUGGAGGCUACUACGAUGAGCGUAGGUGGCGCGAGCUUCCCUUUGGAACAGCAGUCCAAAGACCCCCAUUCUGUGGUUUACAGCGGACAGUAUGACACAGAGGGAGUUGUGCACACCAAAAGCGGGGAGAGGCAACCUGUUCAAGUCAGUAUCCAGUUCACUACAGCCGGGCUCUUUGAGACUGUGUGGCAGGUGAAAUAUUACAACUACCACAAGAGGGAGCACUGCCAAUGGGGGAACAGCUUCGCCAGCAUCGAGUACGAGUGCAAGCCCAAUGAAACGCGGAGCCUGAUGUGGAUCAACAAGGAAUUGUUCGUCUGAGAGGCCCCCUCGCAAUAAAUUUAAAAAAUCACCGUUUACUGCAGCCGAAACGCUGAAAUGCAUCACUGACCAUAUCACAUGACUCUUCAGAAGUCGGCCGUAUCGCGCCUUGCCACAGGCAUGCGUAUCAAAUCUAUUUUGCCCUUUUCCACCCUUACCUUAGAACGUAGUCCCCAUUGUUGGAGUGUUUCACGUAGGCCUGCUGGCGUAAUGUACGGUGUCAGGUGUUUUGCGAGUGCGUAGUGUGAUUCAUUUGAUUCAUUCAUGACAUAUUUUAGUAUUUGUGGGGAUUUCAUGUUGUGUGUGUUAGUUUAUGUUGACCUACCUCUGAACAGUACAAGCGGGAUCACAUCUUUAAAAUGGUAUAAAGAUUUUUCAUAGAGCAAUAUGAUACCAUUGUAUUGUCUUUUUUUACUAUAGGCAAAUGCAGUAUUACCCCCUUAUGUGCUGCUUCCUUGUUCUUUGCUGUUUUCAGUUAUUUUUGGCAUUAUAUAUUGAUAAAGAUUAAUUAGGUAUGUUUACACAUUUAUGUUGCAAUUUUGUCUACUUAAAACUAUUGUGAUGUUAUGUUUAAGUGUUUGGUUUUGUAAGAUUAUCUGUUAUGAAAAUACCAGUUUAAAA